UCUCUCUCACCGGCCUUCAAAGGGCGCUCGGGGGCUGCGGGGCUCGAGCUUCUGUCUGCAGAGUGGGGGUUUCGUCGUCACCUGCCAGCCGCGGGGCCACCGGCGCGCGCUGGUCCCCCAGCUCCCUCCCGCGCCCCAGGAGCAGGUGCCGCGACUGCUUGUGGCCCUCAGCCGAUCGCAGCCGCCAGCCACUCGCGCGGAGGUGGGACCAAGGAAAGGCGCGCAGGGCGGCCACAUGGAGAGCAGCGGCGGGACUCCCCCUGCUGGGGCGCUCGGGGCGGCGGCCGAGUCUCCACAGGUCCCGCUGCCUCCGGGAGGCGAGGGCGCGGCCGGGCCGGCGGAGCCCGACGGGGCGGCCGAGGGCGUGGGGGGCGGGAGCGAGGGCGGGCCGCGGCGGGCUCUGCGGGCGGUAUACGUGCGCAGCGAAAGCUCCCAGGGCGGCCCGGCCGGCGGCCCCGAGGCGGGGGCGCGGCAGUGCCUGCUGCGGGCCUGCGAGGCCGAGGGCGCCCACCUCACCUCCGUGCCCUUCGGGGAGCUCGACUUCGGGGAGACGGCUGUGCUCGACGCCUUCUACGACGCAGAUGUUGCGGUGGUGGACAUGAGUGAUGUCUCCAGACAGCCUUCACUUUUCUACCACCUUGGCGUCCGCGAAAGCUUCGAUAUGGCCAAUAACGUGAUCCUGUACCACGACACUGACCCUGACACUGCUCUUUCAUUGAAGGAUAUGGUAACUCAAAAAAAUACAGCAUCUAGUGGAAAUUAUUAUUUCAUCCCGUACAUCGUGACACCGUGUGCUGAUUAUUUUUGCUGCGAGAGCGAUGCCCAGAAGCGUGCCUCAGAGUACAUGCAGCCCAACUGGGACACCAUCCUGGGCCCGCUGUGUGUGCCCCUGGUUGACAGGUUUACUAGCCUCCUCAAGGACAUCCACGUGACCUCAUGUGCUUAUUACAAAGAAACCUUGUUAAAUGACAUCCGGAGAGCCAGAGACAAGUACCAGGGUGAUGAACUGGCGAAGGAGCUGGCUCGGAUCAAACUCCGCAUGGAUAAUACUGAAGUUCUGACCUCAGACAUCGUCAUUAAUUUACUGCUGUCCUAUCGUGAUAUCCAGGACUAUGAUGCAAUGGUGAAACUGGUAGAAACACUGGAAAUGCUGCCUACAUGUGAUUUGGCUGACCAGCAUAAUAUUAAAUUCCACUAUGCGUUUGCACUGAAUAGGAGAAACAGCGUAGGAGACCGUGAGAAGGCUCUGCAGGUCAUGCUCCAGGUUCUGCAGAGCUGUGACCACCCGGCCCCUGACAUGUUCUGCCUGUGUGGAAGGAUCUACAAGGACAUCUUCUUGGAUUCAGAUUGCAAAGAUGACGCCAGCCGAGACAGCGCCAUUGAGUGGUACCGCAAAGGGUUUGCGCUCCAGUCAUCUCUUUAUUCCGGAAUUAACCUUGCGGUUCUGCUGCUAGUUGCUGGACAACAGUUUGAGACUUCCAUGGAACUAAGGAAAAUAGGUGUCCGGCUGAACAGUUUGUUGGGAAGAAAAGGGAGCUUGGAGAAAAUGAACAAUUACUGGGAUGUGGGUCAGUUCUUCAACGUCAGCAUGUUGGCCAGCGAUGUUGGGAAGGCCAUCCAGGCAGCAGAGAGGUUGUUCAGACUGAAACCUCCAGUCUGGUACCUGCGAUCAUUAGUUCAGAACUUGUUAUUAAUUCAGCGCUUCAAGAAACCCCUUAUCGAACACUCACCCAUGCAAGAACGGCUUAACUUCUGGUUGGAUAUAAUUUUUGAGGCAACAAAUGAAGUUACUAAUGGACUCAGAUUUCCAGUUCUGGUGAUAGAACCAACCAAAGUCUACCAGCCUUCGUAUGUCUCUAUAAACAGUGACGCUGAGGAGAGGACGGUUUCUCUGUGGCACGUCCCACCCACGGAAAUGAAACAAAUCCAUGAAUGGAAUUUUACGGCCUCUUCCGUUAGGGGAAUAAGCAUAUCCAAGUUUGAUGAACGGUGUUGUUUUCUUUAUGUCCAUGAUAAUUCUGAUGACUUUCAAAUAUACUUUUCCACUGAAGACCAGUGUAGUAGGUUUUGCUUUUUGGUCAAAGAGAUGAUAACCAAUGCUGUGGGCAGUACGGUGGAGCUGGAGGGAGAGACCGAUGGGGACACCUUAGAGUAUGAGUAUGACCAUGAUGUGAAGGGUGACAGAGUUGUGCUGGGGAGAGGCACGUAUGGGACCGUGUAUGCCGGAAGAGAUCUGAGCAAUCAAGUGCGAAUAGCCAUCAAAGAAAUCCCGGAGAGAGAUAGCAGGUACUCGCAGCCUCUGCACGAGGAGAUAGCCCUGCACAAGUACCUCAAGCACCGCAAUAUCGUCCAGUACCUCGGCUCUGUUUCCGAGGACGGCUACAUUAAGAUAUUUAUGGAGCAGGUGCCUGGGGGAAGCCUUUCUGCUCUUUUGCAAUCAAAAUGGGGGCCAAUGAAGGAGCCCUCCAUCAAGUUUUACACCAAGCAGAUCCUGGAAGGCCUUAAGUAUCUCCACGAAAACCAGAUUGUGCACAGAGACAUAAAGGGUGAUAAUGUCCUGGUGAAUACCUAUAGCGGAGUUGUGAAAAUCUCCGAUUUUGGAACCUCUAAACGUCUUGCAGGAGUGAAUCCAUGUACAGAGACUUUUACUGGCACUCUGCAGUACAUGGCACCUGAGAUUAUUGAUCAAGGACCUCGCGGGUAUGGUGCCCCAGCUGACAUCUGGUCCCUGGGCUGUACCAUCAUUGAGAUGGCCACCAGCAGGCCACCAUUCCAUGAGCUCGGCGAACCGCAGGCAGCAAUGUUUAAAGUGGGGAUGUUUAAGAUCCACCCUGAAAUUCCAGAAGCCCUAUCAGCUGAAGCCAGAGCCUUCAUUUUAUCCUGCUUUGAGCCUGACCCCCAAAAACGUGUCACCGCCACUGACCUGCUCAAAGAGGGCUUCUUAAGGCAGGUGAACAAGGGCAAGAAGAACCGAAUUGCUUUCAAGCCGUCAGAGGUGGCCCGGGGUGCCGCCCUGGCCCUGCCCACGUUAGGGGAGCCCAUGGGCAACAGCAGUGAGCAUGGCCCUGUCUCUCCCGAGUCUGACGCCCAGUCCGACGUGUUCUUCGAGAAGGCCCGGGCGCCCAAGCACCAGCUCAGCCACCUGCUCAGUGUUCCGGAUGAGAGCUCGGUCUUGGAAGACCGGAGCGCAGCCUCGUCCCCAGAGGACAGGGACCCGGGUCUCUUCUUGCUGCGUAAGGACAGCGAGUGCCGCGCCAUCCUGUACAGAAUCCUCUGGGAGGAGCAGAACCAGGUGGCCUCCAACCUGCAGGAGUGCGUGGCCCAGAGUUCGGAAGAGAUGCAUCUCUCAGUCACCCACAUCAAGCAAAUAAUUGGGAUCCUGAGGGACUUCAUCCGCUCCCCAGAGCCCAGGGUGAUGGCAUCCAUGAUAUCAAAACUAAAGGUGGAUCUGGACUUUGACAGCUCAUCCAUCAAUCAGAUUCACCUGGCACUGUUUGGAUUUCAGGAUGCUGUAAAUAAAAUUUUGAGGAACCAUCUAAUUAAGCCCCACUGGAUGUUUGCGAUGGAUAACAUCAUCCGUCGAGCGGUGCAGGCCGCAGUCACCAUUCUCAUGCCAGAGCUCCGAGCCCACUUUGAGCCUGCCUCAGAGACCGAAGGGGUGGAUAAGGACACGGAUGAGGUGGAAGAGGACUAUGCCCCAGCAGAGCCGCCCGGAAGUGAAGUGCAGGUAGCAUAUGGAGGGAGCAGACCCGCUUCAGUGGUUGUCCAGGAGGCCCAGCCCCAGCAGCUCCACCAGCAGCAUCUGAGCCUGCAGCUAGGGAAACUGAGGCAGGAGACCAACAGACUUUUGGAACACCUAGUUCAAAAAGAGAGAGAAUACCAGAACCUUCUACGGCAAACACUAGAACAGAAAACUCAAGAAUUGUAUCACCUUCAGUUACAAUUCAAAUCUAAUGAUAUUACAGAGACCCCAGCAUCCCCUCCUGGGUCUCCUGGGCAGAGAACAGAUAAAGAACUUGUAGACUGGUUGCAACUGCAAGGAGCGGAUGCGAAUACAAUUGAAAAGAUUGUUGAAGAGGGUUAUACACUUUCUGAUAUUCUUAAUGACAUUACUAAGGAGGAUCUAAGAUACCUCAGACUACGGUAAGAAUAGCCUCAGAACACUGUAAUAGGAAAUGACUUUUUUCAUGUGAUUAUGCCUUUAAAUAACGCAGUAGAAAACAAAGUGCUGGUAACUUUACCCCCUUCAUUGAAGUUAAUUCCCUUUCCUAUGGCUAAGUCAGAAAAUAAA